AUGGCUAAAUAUCUCGGUGAUUUUCAAUUUGGGGUGGGUAUUCCUAGUGGGGCUGAGGCUGUGCUCCAUAGUGCGAACAGGUUCUUAAACGUGUUCCACUCGGAUGGGUCGUUGGCCAUGAUUACUGUUGAUUUCUCUAAUGCUUUCAACCUGGUGGAUAGAACCGCCCUUUUGUCAGAAGUUCGGACCCGAUGCCCGUCCAUUUCCUUAUGUGUGGAUUUUCUAUAUGGACAGCCAGCCAGAUUAUAUGUCGGAGACGAUCAUAUUUGGUCCACCACUAGGCUUCAGCACGGAGACCCCUUGGGGCCUCUUCUCUUUGCCUUAGUGUUGCAUCCCCUCAUUCAUCAGAUACGAGAUAGAUGCAAGCUACUCUUCCAUGCUUGGUACUUAGAUGAUGGUACGAUUAUAGGAGAUGCUAAAGAGGUAGCUAAAACUUUAGAAAUCAUCAGGACUAAGGGGCCUUGUUUGGGGCUUCAACUUAACGUCAAGAAAACAGAAGUUUUUUGGCCAUCAUGCAAUGGAGUUAAGGCGCAAAAGGGUUUGUUUCCUAGUGGGAUUGGAAGGCCGGUGUCGGGUGUCAAACUCCUCGGGGGCACUGUUAGUCGGGAUGCGGGUUUUAUUAGUAGGUUGGCCGUGAAAAGGGCAUCUUGUGCAGUAGAUCUGAUGAGUUAUCUUCCACAUCUGCGUGACCCUCAAUGCGAGCUCCUCUUGUUGCGCUCUUGCAUGGGUGUUGCGAAGUUGUUGUUCGGCCUCAGAACGUGCCAACCCACGUUUGUUGGGGAGGCUGUUUCGGUUUUUGACAAAGGCCUUCGGAUAGCUAUCGAGGAUAUUGUGGUUUGCAGGGGUCCGUUUUUUGGGGAUCUUCAAUGGAGGCUUGCAUCCCUUCCGACCCGUUUUGGGGGUUUGGGUUUAUGUUCGGCUGAGGAUGUAUCUACGUAUGCUUUCGUGGCAUCGAGGGCGCAAUCUUGGAGUUUGCAGGACCACAUUCUUCGGGACUAUGGUAUUGUCGGGUUAGAUUCUGAUUAUGUGUGUGCGUUGGAUUGCAUGCACACGUCCCUUCCAGAUUUCGAUAUUAGCGGUUUCUCUAAUAAGGACACCACCCCCUAA